AUACCUGCUCGAACAAGACUUUCCAGGCAUGCGGAUUGGUCCAGAGCCUACUACAGAUUCUUUUAUUGCUGUGAUGUAUGGAGAUUCAGAAGGAAAUGUUCCUGGAAAUGCCCUAGUUGUUGAUCCUAAGAAGCCAUUCCGCAAACUCAGCCGCUUUGGAAAUGCUUUCCUGAACAGGUUCAUGUGUUCUCAGUUACCUAACCAGGUACUGAAGAGCAUCAGUAUCAUCGACAGUCCUGGCAUUCUUUCUGGAGAGAAGCAGCGCAUCAGCAGAGGCUACGACUUCUGCCAAGUCCUCCAGUGGUUUGCCGAGAGGGUCGAUCGCAUCAUUCUCCUUUUUGAUGCCCAUAAGCUGGACAUAUCCGAUGAGUUUUCAGAGGCUAUUAAGUCAUUCAGGGGCCAGGAUGACAAGAUUCGAGUGGUGCUUAAUAAGGCUGACCAAGUGGACACACAGCAGCUGAUGAGGGUCUAUGGUGCACUCAUGUGGUCCUUGGGCAAGGUGAUCAACACUCCAGAGGUGCUGCGAGUCUACAUUGGCUCCUUCUGGUCCAAUCCUCUCCGAAACACAGAGAAUCGAAGACUCUUUGAAGCUGAGGCACAGGAUCUCUUCAAGGAUAUCCAGGGUCUCCCGCAGAAGGCUGCUGUGCGCAAACUCAAUGAUCUCAUUAAGAGGGCAAGACUUGCAAAGGUUCAUGCUUAUAUCAUCAGCUAUCUGAAAAAAGAAAUGCCCUCUGUAUUCGGAAAAGAGAACAAGAAGAAGGAACUGAUCAGCAGAUUACCAGAGAUCUACACCCAGCUGCAAAGGGAAUACCAUAUCUCAGCAGGAGACUUCCCUGAAGUGAAGAAAAUGCAGGAGUUGCUGGAGAAUUAUGACUUCACUAAGUUUCAUUCUUUGAAGCCAAAGCUAAUUGAAGCUGUGGAUAACAUGCUAGCCAACAAAAUUGCCUCCCUGAUGAACCUGAUCAGACAAGAAGAGAGCAAUAUGCCCACAGAGAUUGUACAUGGUGGAGCAUUCGAUGGCACCAUGGCAGGACCUUUUGGCCACGGAUAUGGAGAAGGUGCUAAGGAAGGAGCUGAUGAAGAGGAAUGGGUUGUUGCCAAAGAUAAACCUGCUUAUGAUGAGAUUUUCUACACUCUGUCACCAAUCAAUGGCAAAAUAUCGGGGAUUAGUGCGAAGAAGGAGAUGGUGACUUCAAAACUACCCAACAGUGUCUUGGGGAAGAUCUGGAAACUUGCAGACUGUGAUGGUGAUGGCAUGUUGGAUGAUGAGGAGUUUGCAUUAGCAAAACAUCUCAUCAAGAUUAAACUGGAUGGAUAUGAACUGCCCGGCACGCUACCUUCCCACCUGGUGCCACCAUCUCACAGGAAGCCUUUCCAGACAGCAGAGUGA